AAAAGCGUAUUCUUCAGCCAACGUCCACCCAACAAAUCAUAUGGAGACGACCGGGAGAAAUAUGUGACAAUCCGCAGUUACUUUAUGAAGGACAAUCACGUUUCGACGUAGUACAAGGUGAAUUAGGCGAUUGUUGGCUUUUAGCUGCUGCAGCAAAUCUUACAUUGAAAGAUGAGCUAUUUUAUCGAGUUGUACCACCGGAUCAAAGCUUCACCGAAAAUUAUGCCGGCAUAUUUCAUUUCCAAUUCUGGCAUUAUGGAACUUGGGUUGACGUUGUCAUCGAUGAUCGUUUGCCAACAUCUACUGAUGGUGAAUUGUUGUAUAUGCAUUCCAAAGACAACAACGAGUUUUGGAGCGCUCUGCUGGAAAAAGCAUAUGCAAAACUUCACGGUUCAUAUGAAGCACUAAAAGGUGGUACGACAAGUGAAGCAUUAGAAGAUUUCACUGGUGGUUUGACAGAAUUUUUCGAUCUCACACAACCUCCUAAACAUUUAAUGGAAAUGAUGAUGAGAGGUUUUGAAAUGGGUUCAUUAUUUGGUUGCAGUAUUGAAGCAGAUCCAAAUGAAUGGGAAGCACGGAUGCGCAAUGGUUUAGUCAAAGGUCAUGCAUACAGUAUAACGGGGAUGAAGAUGGUGAAUGGACCACGUGGUAGUAUACCGUUACUACGUAUACGUAAUCCAUGGGGUAAUGAACAAGAAUGGAAUGGUGCGUGGUCGGAUAAUUCAACGGAAUGGCAGUAUAUUUCCGAGCAACAGCGUGAUGAGAUGGGUUUAGUUUUUGCGCAUGACGGAGAAUUUUGGAUGUCAUUCAAUGAUUUCAUGCGUUAUUUCGAAAAAAUGGAAAUAUGUAACUUGGGUCCAGAAGUUAUGAAUGAAGUUUAUCAAAUGACUGGUGUCCAAUCGUCACAGAAUGCCUGGGCAACAUUUAGCCAUAAUGGUGCUUGGAUUCAAAAUGAAACAGCUGGAGGAUGCCGGAACUACAUCCGGACAUUUGCGAUGAAUCCUCAAUAUCGUAUCCAGGUGACAGAUUCGGAUCCGUAUGAUGAUGAUAACUUAUGUACCGUGAUAAUUGCCGUAUUGCAAAAGUAUCGACGUGAGCUCAAACAUUUGGGUAUCGAGAAUUUACCUAUAGGAUUUGCCGUUUAUGAUGUUGGAGACUUUAACGGACGUUUAACGCGAGAAUAUUUCCAACGACAUAAAUCGUGUGCUAGGAGUGCUGCGUUCAUUAACUUACGCGAAAUAACAGGUCGUUUUCGAAUUCCACCAGGCAAUUACGUAAUUGUGCCAUCAACAUUCGAACCAAAUGAGGAAGCGGAAUUUAUGCUCAGAGUUUACACAAAUGGUUUUAUUGAAUCAGAGCAACUGUGAAUUUUGAUCGAAGCGCAAUUAAAAUUGAAAUUAAUCAGCUGACAAUUAUUUUUUCGGACUACAUGUUGAAAGACGCAUUUAUUGAUCAUUUACUUCCAUAAUCUCUCGCCAAAUAUACUAAAC